GAUUAUGUAUUGUUCGUCGACUGUUUUUGACGCUAUUCGUGUCGAAUGAAUUAGAAUCUUCGUCGGACGAGAUGAGGUUUGUUAUCGUUUUGCAAUUUUUAUUUUUAGUGGUAAAUUCUUGUCAAGACUUUUGGAAAAGUUGGGUAAACGUUUCUUGUACGUCAUCGGCAGAUAUCUGCUACGAAUCAAAGAACUUUUCCUCCGUUGAAAUAUUUAAUCAAACCUUGACCAUCGAGUGCGGCAAGAAAACGAUUGACUCUCGUUUGAUGCGCUGUUUGGACGUUAAAAAUGUACAAGAGAUAUUAUUUAAAGAUUGUUUUUUGUCCGGAGUUGACUUUGGAAUAUUUACGUUUGGACUUCGAAUCGAACACGUCAAGAUAUUUCACUCAACAAAUGUGUAUGAAAGAAUGUUCGAGAGCGCCUCGUUUAAUAACAUGUCCUCUCUGCGAUCUGUCGAAAUACGAGGCGUGAAGACGUCGCAACUUCUAAAUUUAACAUUUCACAAUGUUCCAUCGCUGACUUCAUUGAGAAUUGACUUCUAUAACUUCUCUUUAUUUCCCAACAAACCUUUCCGAGAGUUAAUUAAUCUUUCCAAAUUAUACAUCACUUAUGGUAACUUACGAGUUUUACGCAAAGAUCUAUUUUAUAAUCUUCACAAUUUGACAAAACUCGACUUAACUUACAAUAAAAUUAAAUCGAUUCAUCCACUCGUCUUUAGAAAUCUCACCCGAUUGGAAUAUUUGGAUUUAGAAUGGAAUUGGAUAAAGGAUUUACCCGGUGACAUGUUAAAAAGUCUUUAUAAUUUAAAGACAUUUGAUAUUAGUUGGAACAGAGAACUACCACAAAUUCCUCCCGGAUUCUUUAAGAAACUGCGCAACUUGACUGAACUUUCUGCAUAUGCAUGUUCUAUUUCUUCACUCCAAGAAGAUGAGUUUUCUGACUUAAUUAAUUUGAAAACCGUCGAAUUAGGCUUCAACCGAAUUGAACAUCUGCCAAAUCUGAGAAAUAACAAACUGCUGACACGAUUUUCCUGUUGGCGAAAUAAAAUAUCGACGCUUCCAACAGGAAUUUUUCAUGGACUUUCUAAGCUGCGAGAGUUAAACUUGCGGGGAAACAGGCUGCAAAAUCUCCCCGAAGAUGUUUUUCAGAAUUUGUCGUCAUUGCAAAGACUCGAGUUAUCACACAAUCGCCUGAUAUUUUUACACGAAAACAUCUUCCUCCCAUUGACUAAUUUAACGUAUCUCGAUCUGUCUAAUAACAGUUUAACUACAAUUAUUGGUAAGAGUCCUUUUGGCAGCAGCGAACAUCUGCGUACUGUUCUUUUGAAGAAUGCGGGUUUGACACAAUGGCCGGUGAUAAAUUGGACAGACUACGACUUGAAUGAAGUCGAUUUUUCAAAUAAUCAUUUUGAAAUCGUGAAAUUGCCAAUUUACACACGAAAUCCUACGCAAAUAGAUUUAUCUAAUUGUAAAAUCAGAACAAUUUACAUCGAUGACAAGAAAUAUGGAUUUCAAAUGCCGACUUAUGAUUUAAGUAAUAAUGAAAUUACUUGCGACUACGAACUGCAGCAAUUCGUUUCUGUCUUUAAGUCAAAUAGAAAAGUAGCGAGGAAAAUGUUUCCAAAUAUAGAGAAGACGAAAUGUUACGGAGAAGAAAGAAAUUUGCUGGAUAAUACAUCGCUCGUAGUCAUAGGAAAUUAUUGUCCGAUGAAUUGCGAAUGUUCUGCAGAACAAAAUCACGUGAUGAUCAAUUGUUCCGGAAAGGGAAUCGACGGAAUUCCCGAAGUUCUCGUCCCCAAUGCGACGUUUGUCGAUUUGAGUAAUAAUUACAUAAAGGAGUUGUCAAAUUUCGAUUCUGUGACGUGGAAAAACGUCACCCAUAUGUAUCUGAGUAAUAAUUCAUUAAGUAAUAUCCCGGAUUAUGUUAUUUUGCCAAACCUGAAAUUCCUGUGGUUGGACAGAAACCGAUUAACCGAAUUGCCUUCCGGUUUAAUAAACCUGAUCGACGUUUCGCCGGAAUUUCAGAUUUACUUAUCCAGAAACAAUUGGACUUGUGAUUGUCAUUCUUUUAUUACUAAGGACUGGUUGCUUAGGAACAGGCAGAAGAUUGCCGAUUUCUCCGAUGUUUGCUGCGUGAGAAAUUCGUCUUCUGUGUCUUUCGCCGAAAUUGUUACUAAUGAUCGAUGCACACAAAUUUUAAAACAUAAUUUGGCGUCGUUGGUAAAUGUUUCGUGUACAAAAUGCCGGUCUUGCGACGAAGUUAGUUCUCUUUCAGGAUGGAAAAUCUCAGUGGGUGUUCUUACUUCGCUAAUGUUAUUAGGUGUAAUUAUUGUUGUUUCCGUUGUUUAUUGUCGCAGAAAAAAAAAUAUCGAAAAGGUGCCUAAUGAAGAAGUGAUUUAUUACAAUGUUUACACUUGACAAAUUCUGUA